UCUAUACAUACAUACCUACUAUGAGCCUGGAGCAGGAGCAUGAUUGCCUGGUUGGGAAGGAGUGGCCUACCGCGGCGCACUGGCAGGCUCCAGGCUCCGCUCAGUGCCUGUAGGUACAGUACAAGACAACAGUACAGUGCACUAAAGCACUACUACUACUACUACUACUACUACUACUACUACUACUACUACUACUACUACUACUACUACUACCAACACCACUGUCCAUACUUGAGGUAUCCUCUGGCAUCCUCUGGCAGCCAGCUUGAUCCUAUCUACCUUCCAGGCCCUCAUCACUCAUUCUUCGUUCAUUCUAGCUUCCCAGUUAAUUCACGUCCUUCCUCCCUCGAUCCUUCCUUCGUCACCGAGCAGGGGUCUCGAACCAUCUUUUAUUCCCUCUCCUACAAGAUUCUUCCUACCUUCACGAGUAAUGACCUCAUCUCGACUCAUUUUAACGCCCGCGGAUUCCCCUUUACACUCACUCUUCUACUAUCGACCGACUACAGCUCAUUAGAUCGCCGGGACGUCAAGGGCCGAUAUCAAACCUGCGUGAACUGAAUAAGGGAUUCAGCCAAUACCCAGUCCUUCCCUCCCCUGACUCGUCCGUAGAUCUCCUGUCAUCUAAACUGCAAACUGCAAACUAAACCAUUGAGAUAUUCGUUUCAUUUUUUUAUCGCU